UGGCAAAAUUUUAUGUUUUAGUUCAUUAGUGAAACUCAGCCACAAAAGGUGGUCGUGUCGAGGUGUUGUCGAAGUGGAAGUGGUGAAAAUUGUCUGAUUGGAUUUAUUUACAUUUGAAAAACAGAAAAAAAUACUUUUAUAAAAAAUGGAAGACGAUGAGAAAAUGGACAUUAUGCGUCGGGCAUUCCAGAUGUUCGAUACCCAAAAGACUGGCUUCAUCGAAACACUCCGUCUCAAGACGAUUCUCAAUAGUAUGGGUCAGAUGUUCGAGGAAAGUGAAUUGCAGGAAUUGAUCGAUGAAAACGACCCAGAGAAUACGGGUAAAGUCAAUUUCGAUGGUUUCUGUAAUAUUGCUGCCCAUUUCCUCGAAGAGGAAGAUGCCGAAGCCAUACAAAAAGAGUUGAAGGAAGCUUUCCGUCUGUACGAUCGUGAGGGCAACGGUUACAUUACAACCUCAACGCUAAAGGAAAUUCUUGCCGCGUUGGAUGACAAGCUGUCGUCGAGUGAUUUGGAUGGAAUUAUUGCUGAAAUCGAUACGGACGGUUCAGGAACCGUUGAUUUUGAUGAGUUCAUGGAAAUGAUGACCGGCGAUUAAAAUACGAUAAACGAAGAAGAAAACAAAUGGAAAUUAAAAAAACAUGCUGAUGAAAUUCAUUAUUACCGCAGAGCUGGAGAACUUAACAACAACCACUUAUUGUGCGUGUGUGUAAAUUUGUGUACAAAUAAAUAAAUAAAUAAAUUUAUUAUUUUUAAUUGUUCCAUAAACAAAAUAAUAAAUAAAUGUUAGACCGA